UUGGCUGUUGGCGGCGUUGCCUCUAAGCUCGCGUGCGGCAGCGGAGUCGGCAGAGGUUGCAGCGAAAGAGUUUGGCGCGAUGUCUCACACCAUUUUGCUGGUCCAGCCUACUAAGAGGCCAGAAGGCAGAACUUAUGCUGACUAUGAAUCUGUGAAUGAGUGCAUGGAAGGUGUUUGUAAAAUGUAUGAAGAACAUCUGAAGAGAAUGAAUCCCAACAGCCCUUCUAUUACAUAUGAUAUCAGCCAGUUGUUUGAUUUUAUUGAUGAUCUGGCAGACCUCAGCUGCCUUGUGUAA